AUGUGGAAGAUGGCAGCGCGGCUGCUGCUGAGCGCCGCAAUCUUCGCCGGGUUUUUGGGCCUGCAAAGGUCCUUCCUGACCAUCGACUCCCGGCCAAGGGAGACGCCUGUGACGCCCACGCCGGCCUUGCGGGGCCCGUCCUUCGCGCAGGGCCCGGCGGCUGCGCGAGACACGGCCUCCUCAUGGACAACGGCUCUGCCGGCGCUGCUGGCGGUUGGGGCUGUGGUCGCCAUGGCGUCGCGGGCUCGUGAUGAGACAUGCACUACAAUGUAUGGCGGGCAUGACAAGAAAACCUUUAGGGGCAAGUUGCACGCCCACACCUUCGGCAAGUAUCGGCUCCGCAAGAACAAGGCGCGCCGGAUCCAGAAGAUUAAGAAUGGCACCUUCGACCCAGAGAAGGUGAUACAGAGGGGCCAGCCGGAGCCAGAGCACCCUUGGGACACAGACAACCUGCUAGAGAAUCCCAUCUACUACGCUCCGGACUACGUGAAGGAGGUGAUGUACCAGUACUGGGACGAGCAAAAUGAGUCGAUGCGGGCAAAGUACAAGGAGUACAUGGGCAUCAAGGGCAACCAGAGGUUCUUCAAAAACUGGACACCUCCUGGUGAAGAACCCAAGACUCCGCCGCCAGCACCAUCUUCGCCCAAGGGCCCAUCGUCACCCAAGGGUUCAUCGCCGGAUCAGGAGCCAAAACCGGCAGACAAGCCACCCAAAGCAGAGGCGCCAAAAGCAGAGGAGAAGAAGCCUGCGCCCAAGAAGGAGAAGAAGCCAGAGCCGAAGGCAGAGGAGAAGAAGCCGGAGCCUGAGCCCAAGAAGGAGAAGAAGCCGGAGCCCAAGAAGGAGAAGGCACCAGAGCCAAAGGCCGAGGAGAAGAAGCCAGAGCCAAAGGCAGAGGAGAAGAAGCCGGAGCCCAAGAAGGAGAAGGCACCAGAGCCGAAGGCAGAGGAGAAGAAGCCAGAGCCAAAGGCCGAGGAGAAGAAGCCGGAGCCUGAGCCCAAGAAGGAGAAGGCACCAGAGCCAAAGGCAGAGGAGAAGAAGCACCAGAGCCAAAGGCAGAGGAGAAGAAGCCGGAGCCUGAGCCCAAGAAGGAGAAGGCACCAGAGCCAAAGGCAGAGGAGAAGAAGCCGGAGCCUGAGCCCAAGAAGGAGAAGGCACCAGAGCCAAAGGCAGAGGAGAAGAAGCCGGAGCCUGAGCCCAAGAAGGAGAAGGCACCAGAGCCAAAGGCAGAGGAGAAGAAGCCGGAGCCUGAGCCCAAGAAGGAGAAGGCACCAGAGCCAAAGGCAGAGGAGAAGAAGCCGGAGCCAAAGGCAGAAGAAAAGCCAGCCGCAUCAAAGACUGUCAGUGCAAAGGAUGUUAAGACGCUUAGAGAGCGCUCGAAAGCAGGCAUUUUAG